AGUUAAAAGAGAGUUAAAACUAGCUUCUCUCCGAUGGGACAUAAACAUGUACACUUGUCGAGCUCCGAGCACCAUUAUAAAUUUUUAUAAUCAAUGAACCUUCCAUCCAACUUCCACCCAUUUUUUCUCUCCCGAUGAAGAUGAUCGAGAAACCCAGAGAUCCAAUAAUCAAAUCCACCGCCACCGUAAUCUCGCCGUCACCCAAAAAUUCCUUCUCUUCCUCCUCCUCCUCCGAUUUCGAAUUCACCGUCUCCAUCUCCCCCCGGAAAUCCUCCACCGCCCUCUGCCCCGCCGACGAACUCUUCUGCAAUGGUCACCUUCUGCCUCUCCACUCCCGCCGGAACUCCCUCGUUCCAACCCUCCUCCCCUCCUCUAGCACUUCCUCCUCCGCCGACUCCACCACCACCACCUCCCGCGACUCCACCGGCAGCUCCUCCACCGAUCACUCCCGCUCCUCCUCCCAAAACGACCCCAACCGCCCCACCUCCGACGACGCAGAUCUUAAGCUCAGAACCCGACAGCGUAACGACAAAAAGUGCAAGCAGUUUUCGUUUGCGAGAUUCUCGUCGGUUUUCAGGAAGGAGCCGAAGAACAACACUGGUAGUAGUACUCAUGGUGGGGAAUCCAGGCCGCCACGUGUCAAAGGGAUUGGAUCCACCGCUAAGGAAGUGAUCAAGAAGUGCUUCAGAAAAGUCCAACUCAAAAUUGGGUCCAAAUCAUGCCACUCGGCAACGGCGGCGGCCCAUACGGCGGAAUCGGCGAAAGAUAGCUCGUUAAAUCCCGGCAAGAAGGAGGAGAGCGGCAGAUUUUCACUCUCAUUUUCUGGGAACUUGAGGUAUCCACGUGGGAGAAGCAGCUUCCUACCGAGUUGUCCGUCGUCGACUCGGUCAUCGCCGAGUCACUCCGGCGUGCUCCGACGAGGAGGCGUACAGAGCUUGAGCUCUGUCAGUGGCUACGGAUCGUCAUACUCCGCCGACAUGUCGUCUAUGGAAGAACUCCACAGUGCAAUCCAAGGCGCCAUUGCCCAUUGCAAGAACUCACUAAUCCAGACCAAAGACACCAUCAACCCCGACGAACCCUCCUCGAGCUGAAUCCUCCCGAUAAAAACACCACCAAUUUCUCACCUAAGUAUUUUCAAGUUGAUCAGAGUGUUUUUCAGGCGAUCGGAAGAAAUCUCGGAUCGGCCUUAUUGGGUAAUUUAUCCAUUUGAGUAUAGUUUAAUUUAUUUCAUAAAUAUGAAAAUAUAUAUUGAAUGCAUUAAUGAUAUGCCAAAAUUGUGUAAUAUUAAUGUUGUAUCAUGAUCUUCAAGCUUGCACUUUUUGGAUGUAUUUUGUUUUAUAUCUGUCAGAAACUCCAAAUUUGUCGAUUAAAUUAUAUAUCAAUCAU